AUGUUUACUUACUAUCGGCAUGCCAAACUGUUAGUUAAUGAGGACUAUCGAGUGAUUGAUGCAGCUUUACGAGAAAUGGCACCACCGGAAUCCUACGAAGCCUGCCGAGAUCGAAUUUUUGAACAAAUUGGAGAAUUGUCUUCAAUCCACGAAGCUCGCCCAUUUCAAUUGCUCAAUGGAAUGCCGUCUGAAGAAGCCCUUCCACCACGAUGGAGUCGCAGCAGUGCACUACUUUAUGCUCUCAGUAUCUUGACGACGACCGGUUACUCAUAUGCUGUACCAGUCACACCCCUCGGUCAGUUUUUGGCAAUCGUUUACGGAUUGCUGGGAAUUCCGGUGAUGGUCUUAGCUGCUGUUGACAUUGGCCGAUUUCUAUCGCAUAUCGUACUUGAACUUUACGCCAAGGUAAGUCGACGGUGA